AAGAAUGCACUUUGCUUCACUCCGAUAUCACAACAAGCAAGACAGAAAAGCAUGUGUAAAUAACUGGAGAGAGUAGGGGCACAAAUUGAAAUUGGUCCACAUCGUUCUCUGCGCCAGCCGCCAGGGACUAAACUGCACCUUCUUCCGUUCUUCGCGAGUCGUGUAGAGUCGCUGGACCUCGGUGGGACCAGACUUGUGGAGGGAAUUGGGAACUGGGAAGUGAUGGAUUCGAUUGUAUCAACUUUGACGUAAUAUAUCAAUAGCAGCAAGUUAUUAGCAACAAAGGAAAGAGCUCGCCUCGUUUCGUGUCGUGGACUUACAAUCUAAAACCCCAUCCCCAUUUUCAGUCUUUUCUUUCUUCCUCCUCGUCAUCGGUAACUAACGAACUAAACCAACCCGUGAACAACAGACCAACAGUUCGAAUCCUUUCCCCUGAUUCGGGAUUCCUCUUUAAAAAGAAUGGCAUCUCGGGAGUUGCAGUUGCAUAGCCGUUCCGAAACAGCUCAACCACCAGAACCCGAAACAUCACGCCACGAAUCAAAUAUUGCGAAGAAGAAGAAGAAGAACAGGACUAAGAAGAAGUCUUAUUUACCGAGAAUGGGUUGUUUCAGAUCAGAACACCAUUUGAACGGCGGUCCGAGUUCGGUCGCCGAGUCCGGUGAUAGCGGAGAUCAUCGCUUUCCAACUCACCUUGUCGUCAUGGUUAAUGGCAUCAUAGGGAGUGCUGGAAAUUGGAAAUAUGCUGCUAAGCAAUUCCGCAAAAGAUAUCCCCAAGAUAUUCUUGUGCAUUGCAGUGCGUGUAAUUCCUCAAUGUUGACUUUUGAUGGUGUUGACACAAUGGGAGAGAGAUUAGCAGAAGAGGUUCAAUCAAUUACAAGGCAUAAUCCAAGGCUUCAAAAAAUAUCCUUUAUAGGGCACUCAUUGGGUGGUUUGGUGGCAAGAUAUGCUAUUGGUAGGCUUUAUGAACACAAUCUCAUAAGGCAACCUUCUGAAGGAAAUGGAGAUUGUACAAAUGAUGGAGCUGGAACUCCAAGUUUGGAUGGGAAAUCCAAAGGAAAAAUAGCUGGACUGGAACCUAUGAAUUUUGUAACUUUUGCAACACCACACCUUGGUUCAAGAGGGCAUAAACAGGUUCCAAUUUUUUGUGGUAUUCAUAUUAUGGAAAAAGCAGCAUCUCAUAUGUCAUGGAUUCUCAGUAGAACUGGAAAGCAUCUAUUCCUGACUGAUGGUGAUAACAAAAGUCCUCCUCUGCUUCUUCAAAUGGUCAAUGACUGUGGAGAUCUUCCAUUCAUAUCUGCUCUCCAAUCCUUCAGGCGCCGUGUUGCCUAUGCAAAUACAUGCUUUGAUCACCUUGUUGGGGGGUGUACAUCAUCUAUACGCCGAAAGAAUGAGCUACCAAAGUGCAAGCAUUUGGCAGGGAAUGGAAAAUAUCCACAUAUAGUAAAUGUGGAGGAACCAAAGACAUUCAGUCCUGGGCAAGAAGUCCUUUCAGAGGCUGUAAAAGGAUGCAAGACUAUUGACAUGGAAGAGGCAAUGAUAAGAGGUCUCACAAAACUGAGUUGGGAACGAAUUGAUGUUUGCUUCAGAAGAAGUAAACAGAGAUUUCUUGCACACAGUACCAUACAGGUGAAGACUUACUGCAUCAAUUCUGAUGGUGCUGAUGUGAUUCUCCAUGUUAUUGAUAACUUUCUCCUGUAAUACAUCUUAACACCUAUCUUAUUUACUUCUAGCUGUAAACUAUCUCAAAAUGGAGGUAAGCAUAUACAUGCACACAAUUCAUUUUCAUGUAAGCAUAUGCAAGAAUGAGAUUAAUUUUCUUUC